AUGAUUGCUGUAGACAUUAUUUUUCCUGAAUAUACAUAUCGUGUUGUUGGUGUUUAUCUCAGUCCCAGUGGAACUGCCGAUCAACUGCGGAGUGAUGCUCAAUUGUUAUGUGAUGAACUUGAUGAUGUGCUGGACACACUGAAUACAAUUGUCGUCCUUGGCGAUUUUAACUGUCCAAAGAUUGAUUGGGACAACCUUUCUGCCCCAGGGAGGGAUCCUGAUACGCCUAGCAGAGAUUGUCUCAUUCUUGACCUCUUCUGUGGGUUAGGCCUUAAUCAACUUAUACAAUCACCAACCCAUAAGGCCGGGAACAUUCUUGACUUAGCGUUUUGUAACGACGACUGUGUGCAAGAUCUUCAGUUAUGCAACGGCCCAUUCAGAUCUGAUCAUUAUCUAAUUAAAUUCCAUCUUCUGAAUGAAAGUUUUGUUCAAAGCAACCGUGAAAAAUUUGACUUCGAAAAAACUGACUAUGAUGAAGUGAUUGCGAACCUGUCUGCUACAAACUGGAGAACGUUCUUUCUUUCAUGCAUCGAUGUUGAAGACAUGUACAAUACAUUUAUUCGAUAUCUGUGGUUCCUCAUUGAAGUAACAACUCCCCUGAAGCAUCUUGAAUCUCGUGGUAGCAUAAGUGACUUUAUUAAACGCAUCACCACGGAUAUUGAAUCUUCGAACGACCCAGUCGAAACUGAAAGACUGAGAGCCGUCCUCACGAAAGCCGUCAAGAGGAAGCGUAUCCUGUUGGAGAGCCGUAUCGCCAAAUCUCGCAACAGUAAAGAGAUCUUUUCGUAUGUCAAAAAACGUAUCACCAUCAAGGAUAACCUAUCUGCAAUUCGGCGAGAUGAUGGAUCUCUUGCGACGGACGAUGUCGAGAAAGCUGAGCUGCUGGCCAAGCAUUUUGCCAAAACUUAUCCCUCUACCGUUGCAACGGAUAGUGAAGCCUCAUCUACACCUAUCGAAGCCUACGCUCCUACUCGACAGGCUCCUCAACAAAUCAACGAUGUCUCCGUUCUGCCAGAAGAUAUUUUGAAACAUCUAAAUCAUAUGGAACUCAAACUAAGUACGAAUCCAGAAGGAAUUCCAGCAUACUUCUAUAAGAAAUGUGGUAUUGAUAUUUGUAUACCUCUCAGCUAUAUUUUUCGCCGUUCUCUUGAAGAUGGCGCUGUCCCACAAUUAUUCCAGAGAGCGAUCGUUACACCGGUGCAUAAAAAAGGCGCCGCGACUGAAGCAUCUAAUAAAAGACCUGUCUCACUGACUGUCGUUCCAUGUAAACUAUUAGAAAGUAUUAUUUGCGAAGCCAUUUAUAAUAACGCUAAUUCUCAAGGUCUUAUAAGUAACCAACAAUUUGCAUAUCGACCUGGUCUUGAUACGACUCUUCAAUUGCUGUCUACACAAUGUGAUUGGGCUCUGUUUUACUAA